UGUAAAUAACGUAAAUUUCAAUCAUCGAAGGCUUUGUUUCCGUUUCGCAAUGUUGUUCUAGAACUUUAACAGUCUGUCAACAAAAUUACCUGUUACACAUUCAUUUAGACACAAUUGGUUCAGAGAUACUAUUUUUCAGAUGUGAUGUCUACAGAUGUUAAAUGGUAAAUCAUUUCUGCUAUUGUGGAAAUGUUCCUCACAAAUUACGAGUGUUGGGAGUCUAGUUUGGUGCAAAUACGUGAAGUGCAUAUGCUCGUUCGGUUGUGCGAUGACUCGGGGUGUUUCGUGACAUUUAAUUGAAGGAGAGUACAAUUAAAUUUAAUACGAAGUACUACUAUGUAGAAAACAUAAAUCUUGUUGUUCGGUGACAGUUACUCGUUUUCCACGCCUUUCCACGAAGAAAGUGUUCACUGCCGACAGUAUUAAUGGAAAUGAACAUUUUGGAAAAUGUCAAAAGGAAAACUACGAACUAUCACCGACGUCUGUGCAGACUGCGGUUCACAAGACCCUGCUUGGGCAUCGGUGAAUAGAUGUGUUGUCCUCUGCGAUGACUGUUGCUCUGUACAUCGGAGUCUGGGGCGACAUGUAUCACAAAUAAAGUCCCUUCGGCGCAGUGUGUGGAGUGCUUCACAGCUUCUGUUAUUGCAGUCACUGAACAGCCAUGCUGUUAACAGUGUAUGGGAGCAUGCAUUGCUGGAACCUGGGCGACUGGCUAGUCACCGCAAACCGCAUCCAAGAGACCCAUUGCAUCCAAAGAAAACUGACUUCAUCCGAGCAAAAUAUCUGCAUCUUGCAUUCGUAUUUAGACCCGGGAAAGAUGAACCUCCCCUUCAGGAAGAUGAUUUAAGCCAGCAGCUGCAUUCCAGCGUACGGACUGCCAAUUUGGAGACUAGCCUUCGCCUUUUAUCACAGGGGGCAGAUCCUUGUUACUUCCAUCAGGAGAAGGGUACAACUCCUCUUCAUGUAGCUGCAAAAGAGGGACAGACCUGCCAGGGAGAGCUGCUUAUUGCGUGGGGAGCUGAUCCUAUGGCUCAUGAUGCACAUGAACAGACACCAGUUGACUAUGCAAGGGCAGCAGGUCACAGAGAUCUGGCAGAGAGGCUAGUGGAGUGCGCAUAUGAACUGACAGACCGUUUGGCUUACUACUUGUGCUCUCGUCGACCUGACCAUGUGGCUGGUCAGCACUACAUCAUACCUGAGAUGGCCGAUCCACUUGAGCUCUCAGAACUGUCAAAAGUUGCCCGCAAAAAGCUGCAGCAGCUGCCAAACCAUGUAUUUGAAGAGUUAGCAAUGGAUGUGUAUGAUGAAGUUGAUAGAAGAGAAAUAGAUAUGAUUUGGCUAUCAUCUCAUCGAGGCAGUAAUGCGACAGUGCCUGCUGAUUGGUGUUCUGUGGUUCCUUUCCUACCAGUGAAUCCAGAAUACUCAGCGACACGUAAUCAGGGUCGUCAGAAGUUAGCCCGAUUUAGUGCCCGUGAAUUUGCUACGCUUAUAAUAGAUAUAUUAGCUGAUGCACGUCGACGGCAGAAUAGCACUGCCACAACGUCUUCACUUGUGAUUUCACAAGAAGCUGUAGGGGGUAACAAAUAUCAGCACCGGCAGCAUCCCAUGGAAGCAUCAAAAUCAUCAGUAAUGUCAUCAUCCAGGCAUCCAAUUCUGUCUGCUAUUGCAGGAACAAAACAUCGCUCUGAGGUGUCUGAUGAUGAACCAUUAUAUGAUAGUGUUGCAUCAGAUGAAGACUAUGUAGGAACAGAUCAACUGAAAUUGCUCCCUCAGCAAGCACAGUCUGUGAAUGAAUCACAGAUUCCGCAGGAGAAGAUGCAAGAAGAGAAAAGCAGUUCCGAGAAUGUUGAUUCACCUGUGUCAGAAAUUUCCAAGGACCAAUCUCCUUCCACAUCAGAGGAGAACAGUACUGCAUCUACAAUAGAGCAUUCACUACGCUUGCAGCUUGCUACUUCAGAAGCAAGAAUGGAUGAACUCAGAUUGCAACUGAACAUUCUGCAAUCCACGGUCAGCAGCUUACUUGCUGAAAAUCAGGAACUUCGGCAGUUGCUGCAGUCAGCAGGUCUCAAUAUUCCCACAGUCGCCUCUCCUCAGCCUAAUGGUUAUGAACCUGUUCAAGAUAUGAGGGGUCGCUCUACCAUUCAGCGACCUGCAUCCAUGUAUGAAACACGGGAGGGGAUCAGGAGCGCUGUUUCUAUCAUAAACAAGAAGGAUUCAUCGGGGGACUAUGACUGCCCUUCAGGACCUGUUCGGCCUGCUGUCACCCAAAGUCUCUAUAGCAGUAGCACUGUUGGAGGUGUUAUGCCUGUUAGUGAGGAAGUUAUUAGGCGAACUGACCAAGUAACGAAACGAAUACAGGAGUUGGUUGUGUCAAUGCAAGGAUCUGCUGGUUGUGAUGCUUUUGUGCCUUGUGCUGAAAGAAUAAGAGUUGCUGUUGCAGAACUUACUGCUAUAUUUCCACAGAAUCCUCUUGAUGAGCAUAUCCGUAUACCACUUCGUCAGCUGAAUGGCAACACAGCUCGCCUACAGACAAUUUGUGCUAACCUGCAGAGAUGCACUGGAGAGACAGAUCGGUCAUAUUAUCUUCAACAACAAAUACUAGAAGAGUCCGCGUCGGCGCAGUGUUGCCAACCCGUUGAUAUAUGGUGCAGGCUCUGGCAGUUGACCCUGUUCAAAAACAAGCAGAACAGUCUUAUGGUGCCAAAUCCAAAAUCUGUAAAUAUUGUAAUACAGAGAAGUCAACUGUAAUUUUAUUUCACACAAAUAUACACAAG